AUGGCACCUAAAGCUUCAGUGUUGCUUCCACUCUACAUCUACCCAUCACCCGGCGCAUGGCAGCCGUUAUAUCAAACAGCCGUUCAGUACCCAGGUGUUGACUUCACAAUAAUCAUCAACCCCAAUAGCGGACCAGGUGAUGGGAUGCUGCCAGAUGCAAAUUACACGCAUGGUGUCGCCACCUUGAACAAGCUGGACAACGUCCGCACCAUUGGCUACGUCGCAACCAAUUGGGGCCAGAAAGAUGCACAGAAAGUACUUCAGGAAGUAACCACUUACUCGGGAUGGACUAGCCAAGAUUCGUCUGUGGCACUGGACGGGAUCUUCUUCGACGAAACGCCCGCUCAGUACCAUCCAGAUCACGCUCAAUACCUGCUGAAGGUUUCCGAGGCAGUUCGCGAGGCAGAUGGCUUCGGCUCCGGAUGUGUUGUGCACAAUCCAGGAUGCGUUCCAGCCAUGCAAUACUACACGGACCCCAGCUACGUGACGCUCGCCGACGUGACGGUAGUGUUUGAAGACGCAUACCAGACGUGGCUCAGCCGCCAAUCAAACCUGACAUCGACCUCGCUUCCGUUCGAUCACGGCAAACUCGGAUGUCUCCUUCACUCUGUACCACUCAUGACGGAGCGAAGCCUCUCGGCGUUGAUAGAACAGGUGGCGGGCGUCGGCGCUCACGUGUAUCUCACGGGCACCACCAACUACACCAGCUUCAGCCCCCAAUUUCCGACAUUUGUGGACGCGUUGGAUCGCCUGAUCAACUAG